GUGGGAUGCUGGGCGCGAUAAAGGACACAACUCUCCUCUUCACUUUUUUCCUCUAAAUUGUCACUGGGUAACGGAGGGAUGGCUCUGCUUGCUUCGUUACUGGCGCUCCGGCGGGAUGCCCGCAUCCUCAAGAUCCCACCAUAUCUCUCUGCUUUCUGCAUUCUCGUCGGCAUAGCAUGGCUCCUUGUACUGCCACUGAACGAGUACUCGCGGAAGACAUACGUCUCUGAAAAUGCGCUGCUGCCGGGGCAAGUGCAUACGUACUUUGAUGGCAGCGAGCAUAAUGUCUUUAGAGCUUAUCGACACGAGGUCCACGGGCUGAUAGAUCAACCUGUCAAGGAGCGAUCUCAGAGGCUAGAAGCCAUCUUCCGCGAGCAAAACCUUAAAUUCGCAACGCAAAAGUACAACUACACUGUCUCAAAUCGCACGAUUGCAAACGAGAAUGUCUACGCCAUCCUCCAGGGUCCCCGCGCCGACGCCACAGAAGCCAUUGUCCUGAUUGGCGCAUGGAAGAACAUGGCCGACGAGGUCAACAACUCGGGCGUCGCGCUCGUCCUCACAUUGGCUCGCUACUUCAAGCGCUGGAGUCUCUGGAGCAAAGAUAUCAUAUUCCUCGUCUCUGGAGAUAGCACGAGCGGACCGCAGGCUUGGGUUGACGCAUAUCAUGACGGCCACGAUGAGCGUUUUGUGGAGAGCCUGAAGAUUAAGAGCGGUGCGCUGCAGGGAGCUGUCGCUGUUGACUACCCCGCUGGACCUUGGGGUCAUCGAUAUGAUAAACUACACGUUGUGUACGAUGGUGUGAAUGGUCAGCUCCCAAACCUUGAUCUGUUCAACACGGCUGUUCAGAUUGCGUCUGGCCAGUUGGGCAUAGGAUGCGUUAUUCAGCGCAUGUGGACGCACGAUGACUCGUACAAAGAGCGACUGCAGACGAUGCUGCGAGGCAUGAUCUCGCAGGGACUAGGCCACGCAACUGGACCCCACUCCUCGUUCAUCCCGUACCAUGUCGAUGCCGUCACCCUUGUCACCGUUGGCGAUGGCUGGCACGAUGAGAUGUCUCUUGGAAAGACUGUCGAAUCGCUUUUCAGAAGUUUGAACAACCUCCUUGAGCACCUCCACCAGAGUUUCUUUUUCUACCUGCUAUUACAGGCAAACCGCUUCGUCAGCAUUGGCACAUACCUCCCUUCGGCCAUGUUGAUCGCCGUCAGCUUUAGCAUCGCAUCAAUCGCACUGUGGGUCAAGAGCGGACGUCCAGACGAACCAGUGGCCAAUCCAGGCUCUACCCAGCCAGGGAGCAAAGUCACCAGUAAAGCCGCUUCUGUCGACGACAAUAAAACCACCGAAGAGAAGGAAGACUUCAACGAGAAAAAACACACAAAAACCCCUUCAACAAAAGUAAUUAGUGACGGCAAAGACAUCGCCAUCGUUCCCGCCGCCUUAACCACAAUCUCCGAACGGCACCUUUUCUUCCCCCUUCUGUUCGUCCUAACAACUCACUUUGCCGGCCUCAUUCCACUCUUCCUGUUCAAUCACUGGGACGAAGACGAGCUGCCCGGCCUAUACCUUACUGCCGCCAACGUAACGUCCAUCGUGCCCAUGGGUUUCGCGUUCAUCUUCUACCACACACGGCCCUUGAAACAGCAGGAGGUUGCACUGAUACAGUGCUUCUCAUUGCUGCUGCUGGGCAUGUUCCUAGCUGCGCUAGCGACCCUAAACUUUAGUCUUUCAUUCCUAGUGGGCGUCGUCACGACACCCUUGGCAUUUGUACGGCGGACGAAUCAUAUGGGCCUAGAUCUUGCGCAGCUCGCCUUUCUGGCUGUGCUGAAUCCCCUCAUGGUGAUACAGCUGGGGACGAAGUUGCUGGGAGGAGACCUUGCGGAAGUGCUCAUCAAGGCUGCCCAAGGGUGGCAUAUAUGGGGCCUGUGGACGCAGGUGGUCGUUUGGCUCGUUUGGCUCCCGGCGUGGUCGGUUGGAAGUGUAGUUAUUGCUAGUGGCGUGUUUUACUAG